AUGUCACUCAGAGGUGACGAAAUCACGAAGCCAAUUGAAGAGGAACAGAAUGAGAGCCCGGAUAAACGUCGAAAGCCGAACGCAAUCCUCCUACGUCAUAUGGCGCAGCAUUUGCCCGGAAUGGGAAGGGGAGAUGUUCAAUCGAUGAUGCUCAGUCAGAAGGUUAAGAGUCUGCGUGAUCUGUUCACAAUGCCCAUCGAACAGCUCCAUACAGCCGUUGGAUCUCAUGCCGAUAAGCUGCACGUCUUCGCGAAUUUCGACUUCAGUGCAUCCGAAUGA